AUGAAAAAAAAAUCACAUAGAUUUAUAAACUCUUUUGAAAAAGAUUUAAAUUAAUUAGAAACACCUCCUCAUAGAUCAAUGCUUGCAAAUUAUGAAAUUUUAAUAAAAACUAAGAAUUAUUUAGAUAAUGUAUUUUAUUAAAAACUAGAAAAAUCUUCUAUUCAUACUCAAACAAUACUGGCAGCUAGUGUAACCGACAAUAAAUCAUUAGUUUUAGAUGCAGAAAGAAACUUAAGAUCUAUAACUAUAGAUCACUUACCAUAAGAUCUUAAGAUUGACUCUUAAUUGAGAUCAAUUGUUGAAAAAAAAAAAAAAAUUAAAGAGUGUUCUCAAACUAAAUUAAUUUCAGGAGAAACUUAAUGUUCUCAAACAACUUUAAGAAAAGAAAAUAGCAGCAGUUUUUUUAAGAAAGGAAUAUUAAAAAAUCAAAGUUCAUAAGAUGAAUUUUUAGGGAGUUAAAAAAGAAGUGUAAGUGUACAUUCAGGAAAAAGUGUGAGAUUUAAUCUAUCCAAUGAUAAUAUUAGAUAAUUAAUGAUGUUUGGAAAAUGA